CAUUUGAUGCGAAUAUAGAGAGAUUACAUUACAAAAAUCAAUUUUUUUUUUCUUUUUUUGAUGGACGAAUACAUGGAUUUUCGACCACUCAAGUACACAGAGCACAAAACAUCAGUCACUAAAUACACCAAACCGUCACCGGCAAAAAAUCUCUCCGGCGAAACUCGACCUGACUCAGUGAGAACCGUUCGUGUCUGUGUAACCGAUCCCGACGCAACCGAUUCAUCAAGUGACGAAGAAGAAGACUUUCUCUUUCCUCGCCGACGAGUCAGGAGAUUCAUCAACGAAAUCAGAGUCGAGCCAGCCUGCAACAACAACAUCAAUAUCACGGGGGGAGUUUCAAUGAAGGAAAGGAAGAGACUUUCCGAUGAAACUCAAUCUCCGGCGACGUACCGGCACCGUCCACUCAAGGUCUCAGUUCCCUACGGCCAAAACGGGAGGAAGUUCCGCGGCGUUAGACAACGGCCGUGGGGAAAAUGGGCGGCGGAGAUUCGAGAUCCGGAGCAACGCCGGAGGAUUUGGCUCGGAACUUUUGAAACGGCGGAGGAAGCCGCCGUUGUUUACGAUAACGCCGCCAUUAGACUCCGUGGACCGGACGCUUUAACCAAUUUCUCUAUACCGCCUCAAUCUCAAGAAGAAGAAGAAGAAGAACCGGUUAUUGAUAAACCGGAAAGCAACAUUACAACAACGACAACAACAACGUCGAGUUCCGAGUCAACCGAAGAUUUUCACCAUCUCUCGUCUCCUACAUCGGUUCUCAAUCUCCGAUCAUCCGAAGAAAUGCAACAAAUACAACAACCGUUUAAAUCAGCUAAACCGGAACGGGAAAUUUCAGAUGCACCGUGGUGGCAUACCGGGUUUGGUACCGGUUCCGGCGAAUCCGACGAUUCGUUUCCGUUGGAUACUCCGUUUCUCGACAACUAUUUCAACGAAUCUCCACCGGAGAUUUCAUUAUUCGAUCAACCAAUGGCUCAGGUGUUUUCUGAAAAUGAUGAUAUUAUCUUCAAUGAUAUGUUCUUGGAUGGUCAAAGUAUGUUCUUGGAUGGUCAAAGUAUGAGCAUUGGAGAUGAGUUUUGUUCUUCAAGUAUCAAAGAUAUUGGCUCAAUGUUCAGUGAUUUUGAUGAUUCAUUGGUAUCGGAUCUAUUAGUCGUUUAAUAUCCAUGACCGAGAAGAGUAACCAUCAGCAAAAUAUCUAUGGUUCGACUGAAAAAUUUUGAUGUUUUUUUCCCUAAUUUAU